UUUGCAAUAAUACAAUCUUAUUCUCGAUACUUUUUAGCUAACAAUCUACUUUCUCUGCGGUUCUCACUUAAUUAUUAACUUGAGCGUUGCUGUUAGCAGGACCUUUGCCACAGAAUUAUAGUGUUUUUCCAGUUUAGAGGAAGUUGUGUGACGGCAGACCUUGUUAUAAUCGACCGUCAUCAUGGAAGAUGAGACGCAAAAGCUCAGCCUCAAGCGUGAAGUGGGCCUGUUGGGGGCUGUGUCCCUCAUUGGGGGGACAAUGAUUGGCUCGGGAAUCUUCAUGUCACCACAGACAGUGCUCGCCACCAUCGGAAGCCCCGGAGCCAGUCUGGUGGUGUGGGCGUGCUCUGGUCUCCUGGUCAUACUUGCUUCUUUCUGCUAUGCUGAACUGGGGACCGUCGUGAAAGAAUCAGGGGGAGAGUACAUCUAUAUCCUCAGGACGUCAGGCCCAGUUGUUGCCUUCAUGUUAAUCUUCAGCUCCGUUUUAUUUGUCAGACCUGCCGGUGUGGUUGGCAUCUCGCUCAGUUUCGCUCAGUAUGUCGUGGCCCCAUUUUACUCAGAUUGUGCGCCUCCUGUUAUGCUGAUCAAGUCUGUGGCCGCAGCUGCAAUUAUUACUUUAGCAACAGUGAAUUGUCUUAACGUUCGCUUUUCAAUGUCAGUUCAAGUGUUUUUUAUGGUGGCCAAGGUCCUGGCACUGGCAAUCAUAAUAAUAGGAGGUGUGGUGAUGCUCGCCAGAGGAAACACUGAACACUUUCAAGACUCGUUUGAAAACUCAAAUAUUGGCAUCAGUCCAAUUGGUAUUGCUUUUUACCAGGGAUUGUGGUCAUAUGAUGGCUGGAAUAACCUCAACUAUGUGACAGAAGAAUUAAAACAUCCUGAGGUACAGUAAGUCUUUUCAUUUGACAUGCUUAUCUAAAGACAG